GUGGCAGAGUGUUUCUCUUAUAAACAAGGUUGUCGCUGAAGUAGUAGCGAAAGGAAUGUCCUCAUGCCUUUGCUUGAGAGACUUUUUCUUCUUCUUGUCUUCUUAUACAGGACAGAGAGUGUUGUUAUAUUUUGGGUUCACUCUCACUCACAGAUAUUAAUGUGGUGAUACCAUAAAAAUGCAUUCUGAACAUUCCAACAUAAGGAGUUUAGUUAACUUCAUCAAAGAAGCUGAACAAAUCUCCAUGGAGAAGCUUAUCAGGCCUUGCGACAAAGAAUACAUGCGGAUGACAAUGCUAAAACACCAAGACACUUUCAACGAACAGGUGUAUGAACUUCACCGUUUGUAUGGGAUUCAGAAGAUAUUGAUGAAAAAUACGGAAGCCAACAGAGGCAUUGAAGUAAACCAACGAGGAUGGAACUUAAAAAAUGUAAUUAGUCUAACUAAACAUGGUUGCCAUAAAGGGGCACUGAAAAAUCAUAAAUUGAAAUUUGAUCUUGAAAUACCAGUCACUGAGGACAUUGCACAAUCUGACAGUAAUGGAGUUCUAGAGAUUAUCAACGAGACCGAGAUUGAGCUGACACUAGGCCCUUCAUGUUACAAUCGUAAGAAAGUAGAGACACAUCUAACUUCAGGUUCAGCACAUAGCUUGUCUUCUUCUUCUACUGGAUCCAGUCUUAUAAACAAGACAAGAUGGAAGACACGUCAUAGCAGUCAUUCAACUAUAGAAGAAUUGAAGUGGAGGAGGUAUAAUUGGUCUUGCCCAGGUGCCACAUUCAACCAGAGGGUAUCAAAGUGGAAUUAGAAACAGUUAUGAUAUUGAAGAACAAUUAAAAGAAGAGAAAUCGAAGCAGCCACCUUGGCUUUUAUGAGUGCUGAGCACGAACACGACCUAAAAAUAUUCUAAGGUCAAUGUAUGUAUACUUAUUUGAUGUUCAAGGCUAAUUUUGUGAGCGGUGUUUCUUUGAAAUUUUCUUCGUAGUUACUAAUGGUGAGUGUGUGAUUAUGUCUUGUAUAAAUCUUACUUGGUUUUCAUGGUUAAAGAAACCAAUUAUGAUUCCGGAAU